AAAAAAAAGUCUACAGGAGUAAGUACAUCUCUGUGAGGAACCUGGCUGCUCAGUUCAAGCGACGUGAAGGAGCAGCCUUCGUUCCUGCCCCGGUACCUCAACCGCCACUCCCGUCCCAGGCGGCCUAGUUGAAUCUAGGGCCACUUUCAGUCAAAUCCUAGCUUCCCGGCUGCCCUUCCGUGUCCCGGGGCUCUGCGGGGCGGCUCGGCUUAAGCCCCGAGGUCGGGUUCCCCGUCUCUCAGCGGUCACGUCGCAGAGAUACCAAGGGAGGAACACGUACUUCGGUUCCCCAACCGCCAGCCCCCGCAAAAAGAGGCGGGAAGGCCCGGCCAGCAGCCGGGGCGCUCCGCCGCGCACAUGGCCCGCCGCGGCUCCCACCCCCGUGCCGCGCAGGCGCCGGGCGAGCCGGGACUUGCGGUCGCCGAGAGCGGAUCAUUCCGCCGCUUUCUUUGUGUGGCUCAAGCUCUACAAAUGGCAUAUUUCCCUUCCCUCCGUUAAAAACAAAGCGCAGACCCCGUCGCCCCCUCCCUCCCGCCGGAAUGGGGUCGCGGGGAGGGUGGGAGAGCAAUCUGCGGCCGAAGGCAGGGGCGGAAAGGCUGAGGCGCGGGCUUGACAGGGGCCGGGUCCGGGAGGGAUGCUGGGAGCUUUGACUCACUCGCACACCAUGUGUCCCUCCGCGCGCAGCACGGGGGACUUUUCGGUGGGGAUUUUGGGCGCCGACCAGACGCGGCAUUUUCGGAAAAUAGCGCCCUGUGCAGCUGAAGCGCUUUGUGUGUAGCGGGGCCGCGUCAGCCCGGCCGGGUACGAGGCGCCUCGGGUCCCCGCACCACCUCCUGCUGCUCCCCCGUCGCCGCUCCCGAAGCUUUUCCAGAUGUCCCUGGUAGAUUUGGGAAAGAAGCUUUUAGAAGCAGCACGAGCAGGUCAAGAUGAUGAAGUUCGUAUUUUGAUGGCAAAUGGAGCUCCUUUUACUACAGACUGGCUGGGAACCUCUCCACUUCAUCUGGCAGCACAGUAUGGGCAUUAUUCCACCACAGAAGUUCUACUCCGAGCUGGUGUAAGUAGGGAUGCAAGAACCAAAGUGGACCGAACGCCAUUACAUAUGGCAGCUUCAGAGGGCCAUGCCAGCAUAGUAGAGGUUUUGCUUAAGCAUGGUGCUGAUGUUAAUGCUAAGGAUAUGCUGAAGAUGACAGCUCUACAUUGGGCCACAGAACAUAAUCAUCAAGAAGUGGUGGAACUUUUAAUCAAAUAUGGUGCUGAUGUACACACACAAAGUAAAUUUUGUAAAACUGCAUUUGAUAUUUCAAUAGACAAUGGGAAUGAAGAUUUGGCAGAGAUACUACAGAUUGCUAUGCAGAAUCAAAUCAACACAAACCCAGAGAGUCCGGACACUGUGACGAUACAUGCCGCCACACCACAGUUCAUCAUUGGACCUGGAGGGGUGGUGAACCUAACAGGUCUGGUAUCUUCAGAAAAUUCAUCCAAGGCAACAGAUGAAACAGGUGUAUCUGCUGUUCAAUUUGGAAACUCCUCUACAUCAGUAUUAGCUACAUUAGCUGCCUUAGCUGAAGCAUCUGCUCCGCUGUCCAAUUCUUCAGAAACUCCAGUAGUGGCUACGGAGGAGGUAGUUACUGCAGAGUCUGUCGAUGGUGCCAUUCAACAAGUAGUUAGUUCAGGUGGUCAGCAAGUCAUCACAAUAGUCACAGAUGGAAUUCAGCUUGGAAAUUUGCACUCCAUUCCAACCAGUGGAAUAGGUCAGCCCAUCAUUGUGACCAUGCCAGAUGGACAACAAGUAUUAACAGUACCAGCAACGGACAUUGCUGAAGAAACUGUUAUAAGUGAAGAACCACCAGCUAAGAGACAAUGUAUCGAAAUAAUUGAAAACCGGGUGGAAUCUGCAGAAAUAGAAGAGAGAGAAGCUCUUCAGAAACAGCUGGAUGAAGCAAAUCGAGAAGCACAAAAAUACCGACAGCAGCUUCUAAAGAAAGAGCAGGAAGCAGAGGCCUACAGACAAAAAUUAGAAGCUAUGACUCGUCUUCAGACUAAUAAAGAAGCUGUGUAGUUGAAAUGAACACAUAAUUUGAAUUUACUUUUGGUUAAGAAAGAACACAGUCUUGAACUGUACACAGCAAGGUGCAGUCGCCGGAAGCCAGGAUAACAGAAGAGACUACAGAUCGAUGAUCGGACUUAAGCCAUGAGCUCUGAAUUCUUGUAACAUAAAACUUUACUUUAGAAGUUGUGAAAUGUAUUUAAAACUGAAUUCUGUAAAUAGUUUUUGUUUUUUUUACAGUUCCAAAUGAGUUAUAAAGAUUGUUGAAGAGAUCCAAAAACACAAUAAGCCACUGUUUUUGUGAAUUCUUUUUGAUUUUAGUAUGAACCUUAAUUUCUCAGACACAGAACAGUUUUAAGGGUGAUCGUUGUUGAUUAGACCAAACGUUAUGUAAUAAUUAUGUGGUGGACUGAUGCUGGAAUUACUCCUGUAGGUAUAAACUUCUAUAUGAAGAGAAGAUUUCUCCCAGGAAAUCUUUGUACAGCUUUAAGUUGUCUCAGAUUCUCUGAAAACAUUUUUUAGAAAGCAAAUUUUUAUAUUUGUUCAAUUUCAGCUAUACCCAAGUAGAUUUACAUGUAUAUGAAGCAAAUAUUUUUUAAAAUUUCUGUUUGUACAUAUUCUGCAUGUUUUAUAAUUUCAAAAUGCAUCACUUGCAUAGGUAUUUUUCCCACAAAGAUGAUGAAAGUUAACUAGGGGGAAAAAUCCUUUUAUUCGGUAGGUCAUUGAAAGUUAAGUAAGCUAGCAGCUGGUUUUAUUGGAAUGACAAUGUUCUUAGAAGGAGCAGCUUACAAGAUAACUUGAAUUUGCAAACUGCAAAAUCUAUUCUUUUUUGAAAAUUUCAUAGUGGGGAUGUGAAACUGUAUUCUGUGCCUUCCAUCAUGAUUUCCACAUGAAAGCACUUUAAGGCACUGAAUUUUAAGAUAAUGUUUUUGGAAUACUCAGAGUAUAUGGGUUUCUGAAAUAUUUCAUGGACUCAUUUCCCCCAGGAAAUUAUUCUUAUGGAAAAAAAUGCUUUUGUAUGUAGAACAAGAACUUUUUGUACUACGGUGAUGCUAUAGAUAUGUCUAACAUAACUUUUACUUUUCCCUGUGAAAGCUGUAUGUCUGUGCUGUGACUUGCUCUCAUCACAAUAUUGUUGAAUUCCACAUUAAUGUAUGGACAUUAAACUCUGACAUACUGUUCAUUCUUUUUUUGUAAAACAGAACUUCAAACUCUUUUUUUCUUGCUUUGUUUUUUAAUGUCUUUUUGCUUUAUGAAAAUGUUUAACCCUAAGACCCUUCUAGAUUACCCAUCUGUAUAAAGAAGCAAUUACCCUUAAAACUGUACUCUGGCCUACUUUUCUAUUUUACAAUUAAAUAUCUUUUCCACAUA